AUGGUCCAGGCGGCAGCCUUGGCUGUUGGCAGUUUCCUGGUGAUCCUCAUGCUCGUCAUCUGCACGUGCACCUACAUCCGAGAACGUGCUCCUGCUCUCCUCGAUCGAAACAAGCAUGGAGCUCUGGGGCUAUUCUGGAAGGCAGCACGCAUUGGCGAACGAGCAAGUGGGGUGGUAUCAGCAUUCAUGAUUGGCAUGAGCCUCUACGUGCUGUUCCUGGUGUAG